ACCGAAACGAUCAGAAAAAAAAAAGAAUAUUAAAAUAAAUAAACAUUUCGAGAAAAGAACAAAAAACAAUAUUUAUAAUUUAGAAAAACAAAAGAAAGAGAGAGAGAGAGGAGAGAGAGAGAGGAGCUUCCACAGUACUAAAACCGGAGUGAAUCCGAAGAAAUCUCCGCCAACGGAAAACCCUCCCGCAGCUCAAAAACCGUUGGCGACGAUGUCGGGUUAUCCGAUUCGCGUUUCCGGAGCUCCGGUUAACACAUCUCCCUUCUCGGAUCCACCUUCCAAAACCCCCUGAAGAGGUUUAAGGUCUCUUUACGUUUCGUUACUUCCCGAAGCGAUCUAGCGGCGUAGUUUUGUGUAAGAUUAAAAGCAGAUCUGAAGGUUUUUUUUCAAGCUAAGUGAAAAAAGUGUCGGUGAUGUGGAUUUUCUCACUCGCGGGGGGCUCUUCUGGUUCGGGAAGAGAUGCUCUGACAAUGGUUUUUAGAGCGUUGGUUUCUGUAUGCUGUGUGGUUUCUCUCUUCAAUGUUCGAUUAGCAAAUGCUCUACAUGAAGGGCCAACGUUAUCACCUUUAACUUCACCAGUUCUUCCCCUACCAGCUGAGUUUCCGCCGUUUCAUAGAAAGCAUUUGGCACCACAACAAGCAGAAGCACCUCUGCAUUCUCCCCGUUAUAGUCGAUUGGUCGCUUCUGUUCAUCCCCCUACGAGUUCUCGUUUCUCCAAACCGUCUAAUGUCCAGUCUCCUGGAGCAGGCUUGGUAGAUAUUGCUCCAACACAACCUAGUAAUGGCGCACUUCCUGAUGGCUUAACCAAGCCACCUUUGUCUCCCUCCAUUUCAGAUUGUUGCAAACCAGAUAUGGUACUGAAACGAGGAAGUAUUGGCUGCCACUGCGUGUAUCCUAUAAAGCUGGACAUCCUUCUCUUGAAUGUUUCAGAUACUCCUAGCUGGAACAUGUUCCUGAACGAAUUUGCCUCCCAGCUUGGUCUCCUACCUCACCAAAUUGAGCUGAUCAACUUCUAUAUGCUAAGCUUAUCAAGGAUGAACAUUUCAAUGGAUAUCACGCCUCACUCUGGAAUAAGUUUUUCAGCGAGUCAGGCCUCAGCAAUUAACUCGUCACUUAUCAGCCACAAGAUUCAGUUUAGCCCUACUUUGGUGGGAGACUACAAACUUCUGAACUUUACUUGGUUUGAGGCCCCUGCACCUUCUCAAGCACCUCAAGUGGCUUCUUCACCUCAGAAAGCACCAUCACAAGGAUCCUCAGCAUCUACGUCAGUAAGUUCUCCGAAGAAAAAGAGGCAUCCCAAUCUUAUUCUUAUCUUUGCUGUAGCCGCUGGUGUGCUUAUUGCUGCCAUAAUCUCUGUGCUUGUCAUUUGCUCCUGCGCACUGCGAGAAGAGAAAGCUCCUGAUCCUCUUCACAAAGAAGUUGGAAAACCAAGGAUCCUAGAAGCUGCUUCAUCAGGGGGAUCACUUCCCCACCCAGCAAGUACACGGUUUCUGUCAUAUGAAGAACUCAAAGAGGCAACAAGCAAUUUUGAAUCUGCCAGCAUCUUAGGGGAAGGUGGGUUUGGCAAGGUUUACAGAGGCAUCUUAGCCGAUGGUACUGCUGUAGCAAUUAAGAAGCUAACAAGUGGAGGACCACAAGGUGAUAGAGAAUUCCAGGUGGAGAUUGAUAUGCUAAGCCGUCUUCAUCAUCGUAAUCUUGUGAAACUUGUUGGUUACUAUAGCAGUCGAGAUUCUUCUCAGCACCUACUUUGUUAUGAGCUUGUUCCCAAUGGCAGCUUAGAGGCUUGGCUCCAUGGGCCUCUUGGGUUGAACUGUCCUCUUGAUUGGGACACCAGAAUGAAGAUUGCACUUGAUGCUGCAAAAGGCUUAGCUUACCUUCAUGAAGACUCGCAACCAUCGGUUAUACACAGAGAUUUUAAAGCAUCUAAUAUACUCCUUGAGAACAACUUCAACGCCAAAGUUGCAGAUUUUGGACUAGCCAAACAAGCUCCUGAAGGCAGGGGUAAUCACUUAUCUACACGUGUAAUGGGCACAUUUGGGUACGUAGCACCAGAAUAUGCUAUGACGGGACACCUACUCGUCAAGAGUGAUGUGUAUAGUUACGGUGUUGUACUUCUCGAGUUGCUUACUGGUAGAAAGCCUGUGGAUAUGUCACAACCUUCAGGCCAAGAAAACCUCGUCACUUGGACAAGGCCAGUUCUUAGAGAUAAAGACCGUUUAGAAGAACUAGUUGAUUCAAGACUAGAAGGAAAAUACCCAAAAGAAGAUUUUGCAAGAGUCUGCACUAUAGCUGCAGCUUGUGUUGCACCUGAAGCUAGCCAGAGACCAACGAUGGGUGAAGUGGUUCAGUCGCUUAAAAUGGUUCAAAGGGUCGUUGAGUAUCAAGAGCCAGUUUUAAACGCUUCAAACAAAGCUCGUCCUAACCGUAGACAGUCAUCAGCUACGAUGGAAUCAGAAGUAUCUUCUUCCAUGUUCUCUUCUGGUCCAUAUUCUGGUUUAAGUGCCUUUGAUCAUGAAAAUAUUACACGAACAAAUGUUUUCUCUGAAGAUCUUCAUGAAGGCCGGUGAAGGAAAGAACCAAUGGCCGUUUUGAUUCUUUCUACUCUCACCUAUUUUUAUUUUUGUUUAUUUUCUAGCAUGAGUUUGGGACAUUAUCUAUUACAGCUCUUUGGAGUUUGGAUAUUGGAUUCUCCUUUUUGGAGGAUAAAAUUUUGUAUAUAUCUCGCUUAUUUAUUUCUUUCAAUUUAGCCUUUGGUGAAUC